AUGAUCAGCAAGUCCCUGAUUAUCGUUGCUGUUUUGGCUGUGUUGAGCCUACUUGCCUCUGCUAUCUCACCACAAGCAGAAGCGCUCAUGGAGAGUCGCCAGCAAUUCAAACGAUUUCGCGGUGAACCGAUUCGAUUCGGGAAACGUGUACCACGUGAACCUAUUCGAUUCGGCAAGCGAGCGCCAAUGUUCGAGCCAUAUUUCGACUACUAG